GCGUGCGACGUGCGCGCGCAAGUCGGCUAUACUUUUUUUAAUGUUCGAAUUUUGAAUUUCGCGCAGUGUUGUGUUCGUGUUUGUUUUUUUUUAAAGAAAUUACCUAGUUUAUGGAUUCAGGAAUAGUGGACCUUUUUUGUGAAACGUCGAGAGUUUAAGAAAACCAAAAUGCCGGCCUACGACAACGAGGGCGCCACCAUAUCAAUGGAAGACGUCCGUGACCCGGACAAUGGCACCUUAAGAAUAAGCACCAUAGAAGACGAGCUCGCUGCUAGAAGGAACCGCAUGUUCAAGACACAGCAGUCCACAGUAGCUUCUAGAAGACAGCAGGCAGUGUGUGUCAGAAGGGCACAUAAGAAGUAUGGGUCAAAGAAAAAUCCUAAUGUCAUAUUGGAUGGAUUGAACAUGACAGUUCCUAAGGGAGCUAUAUACGGUCUACUAGGAGCAUCAGGCUGUGGGAAAACAACACUUCUCUCUUGCAUAGUUGGGAGGCGGCGACUGAAUUCUGGUGAAAUAUGGGUACUUGGUGGAAGACCUGGUGGGCCUGGUAGCGGAGUGCCUGGACCUAGGAUAGGAUAUAUGCCACAGGAAACAGCGCUAUUCGGCGAAUUCUCGAUUCGUGAAACGAUGAUCUACUUCGGCUGGAUAGCGGGGAUGAGCACCAAGGAGGUGGACGAGAGGAUAGAUUUCCUCGUUAAUUUGCUGCAGCUACCAAAUCCUACAAGACAGGUAAAGAACCUAUCGGGAGGUCAACAGCGACGGGUUUCUUUGGCUGCAGCACUUCUACAUGACCCUGAACUACUCAUUCUUGACGAACCCACAGUGGGAGUGGACCCUGUUUUGAGGCAAAGUAUAUGGGACCAUUUAGUGGAAAUUACCAAAGGCGGCAAAACAACAGUCAUCAUCACCACACACUACAUUGACGAGACAAAACAAGCUAAUAUCAUCGGUCUUAUGCGCGGCGGCAAAUUCUUGGCUGAGGAAUCACCAAUGGAACUGAUAAGGCGGUACAACGGAGAGAGUUUAGAAGACGUGUUCCUCAAGUUAUCAGUUCUGCAGAAUAGGGGCAAGCGGCGCCGCUCCAGCAUCCUUGCUGAUGUGGUGGAACGGGUCGAGAUUCCCGCUAUUCCUGACCCAACAGUAGACAUCGAAGAUCCAGAGAUCGGAGAAAUCUCUGGAGAAUUUGGAGACAACGUAUCCAUGACCAGCAAGGGUAGGGGUGCCAUCGCAGAACCAGCCGUGGUAGAAGCUUUACCUCCAGAAGAGAAACCUCCAAGGGGCUUACUCGAGAGGAUUAAGCCAAUGAAGAUGCAUCACAUGCAGGCACUGGUUUGGAAGAACUUUUGGAGUCUGUUCAGGAAUUUUGGGCUGCUGUCAUUCAUCAUAGGUCUACCGAUAUCACAAAUGUUCCUCUUCUGCCUGGCCAUUGGCCAUUACCCCGUUGGCCUGCCAAUAGCAGUGGUGAAUUACGAAGUUGACGUCAACGACACCAAUGCGCUGUGCUCUUACGAUAAGAACAACUGCCCUCAAGAUCCCGAGACCUGGGAUUGGAAUUUGACGAGAUUCAGCUGUCGAUAUUUGGACUUUCUGUCUCAAAGGCAGAGUAAUUUGAUAACAUACCCAUCAGAAAGCAUAGCACUGGCAGAAGCAGAGAGAGGGAGUGCGCGAGUGGUUCUGGUCUUCCCUGCCAACUUCUCCACCAGUCUACAGGAGAGGAUGAGGGAUCCCAGACACGUGGACAGCUACACCAUUAUGACCUCUGACAUACAAGUCCAUAUGGACGACACUGACAAGCAAGUGGAAUGGAUGCUGAAUCGAGACAUUCUGACGGCAUUUAUGGAUGCAACUCAGCACUUGGCAGAAAUCUGUAACCUACCAAGCAGAAUUCUUUCUAUGCCUGUCUUUAUUCAUGAACCAAUUUUCGGAUUAGAAGUGCCAAAUUUCACUGACUUUGCUGGCCCUGGAGUUAUCCUAACGAUCAUCUUUUUCUUGGCGGUCGCUUUGACGUCAGGAUCCAUGUUGGCGGAACGGAAUGAAGGGAUUUUGGAACGGUCAUUGGUUUCGGGAAUUACGGGUACGGAGAUCCUGUUCGCGCACGUGAUAGUCCAGAUGAUAGUGAUGGUGGUGCAGACUGCCACCGUGCUCAUCAUCGGUUUCCUGGUCUUCGAUCUCACCAUCAGAGGCCCGGUGCUGUGGGUUAUCAUACUCACGCUUAUAAAUGGCUUGUGUGGGAUGACUUUCGGUUUCGUCGUAUCCUGCCUGUGUGAUAAGGAGAGAACAGCCACAUACUUGGCUCUGGGGUCAUUUUUGCCCAUGAUGUUGCUAUGUGGAAUCAUAUGGCCUAUUGAAGGUAUGCACAUCAUCCUCCAGUACAUCAGCUACGUUCUGCCUCUAACGAAAUCAACAGAAUCUCUUCGGUCCAUGCUUCAACGAGGCUGGUCUAUAACCGUGCCUACUGUGUAUUCAGGGUUCAUUUCCACUUCGAUCUGGAUAGUUGUCUAUCUCACGCUUAGUAUCCUGCUCAUCAAGUUUAAGAAAGGCUGAAGAUUGAUAGAAUAUUCUAGAAGAUAUUUUAAGGGCCGGCGCACAUAUGGCGGAGCGCGGCGGAGCGCAGCGCAGAGCAUGCCCGCGAAGUUUUCUAAUCGCGUGACACAUUACGCGAAUUUCUACCAGAGAAUGCGCGGGAAUGCGCGCGGAUGCAGGAGUAUCCGCACGGAUGCACAAUUGGUUUUAGAUAUUAUUUCAAUGACAAUGUCGAUAAUACUUUGACUAUAAAAAAUGCUCUGCGCUUCGCUCCGCCAUAUGUGCACCGGUCCUUAGGUUAAUUAUUAUGGACUUUAUUUAAAUUUCCUUCUGUGGUUUUUUUAAAUAAAAUUAUGGGAAUUUCAAGCGAUGUAUAACUUUAUAGGUAGGUAUAGGUAGGUUUAACUGAAACAGCUCGUAAGUUAGGGUUUUCGUUUGCAGUCUUGUGUAAAAUGUAAUAAGAACAAGUUUGCGAUCUUUACAAUUCCUGUCGAUUACGUAAUUGUUUGGAAAUGACUUUAGUUCUUACGCUCAAUUUAAUUCAGUAAAAGUUAUGUGUGCUUACCUUUAUAAUAAUAAGUGUUAAGAGUUUAGGGUAUAAUUAGUUAGUCCGAUAAAUAGUUACCGAAUUAAUUUGUGUGAUUAAUUUGUGAUUGAUAAAUCAUUUAUUGUGAUGUCAUGUUAGGUAGGUACAUUUAUUUAGUUUAUCUAAUGUUUUUUUAGUAAUCGUCAAAAAAAAAGCAGCAAGGAAGCACUUAUUUACCAAUAAAAUAUAUUGUUACCUCCUGAUUUAUUAACUGUCGUACCUAAUAGUUUUCAAUUCUUUCGUAAUAUAGUGAUGGCCAGACAAACUAGUUAUAUAUAGUUACUAGUUAUAGAUUUACGGCUGAAAUUAAUAUAAUCAAUAAUUAAUCAGUAGGUAAUUUGUCGAUAAGUUACUUAGCAAUGUUGUUAUGUAAUUUAAAAAAAAAACAAUGAUCAUACAAUUUUUGACUAAUAACAACGUUGCUGUAACUUAUCGAUACAUUAAAGGAUUGAUUAAUGUUAUUAAUUCCGGCCAUUAAUAAUAAUUUAUGACUUAAGUUAUUUACUUAAAAGUGACAUUUGAUUUUUACAUUGUGAUCAUAAUAAUAAAGUUCAAAAUAUUAUUGUAAAUAAUAAGUAUAACUUUAAACUUAGUCAUAGUUUUUGGGGUAAUUAAUGAUAUUAAUAAUUUUUAACAAUAUAGUCGUGGUUUGCUCAAGUAUAAGUGACAUGGUAACCAUGUGAUAGUAGUUUAAGUAUGGACAAAUUAAAUAAAUAAUAUGAAAUUA